CCACUGAAUACCAUCUGGGCUUGUUGAAGGCCAAGCUUGCUAAGUACAGAGCACAGCUCUUGGAGCCCUCAAAGUCUACAGGAUCAAAGGGGGAGGGCUUUGAUGUGAUGAAAUCAGGAGAUGCCAGGGUAGCAUUAAUUGGAUUCCCUUCUGUGGGUAAGUCUACAUUCUUGAGUUUGAUGACUUCCACUGCAAGUGAAGCAGCUUCAUAUGAAUUCACAACCCUUACCUGUAUCCCAGGAGUCAUAGAGCAUAAAGGAGCUAACAUUCAGCUUUUGGAUCUGCCGGGUAUCAUUGAAGGAGCAGCACAAGGUAAGGGUCGUGGUCGACAGGUGAUUGCAGUUGCUCGAACAGCAGAUGUUGUAAUAAUGAUGCUGGAUGCAACAAAGGGUGAUGUGCAGAGAAAUUUACUGGAAAAGGAGUUGGAGUCUGUAGGAAUCCGAUUAAACAAGCCUAAACCCAAUAUUUACUUCAAGCCAAAGAAAGGCGGUGGGAUCUCUUUCAACUCAACAGUUACAUUGACUCAAUGUUCUGAAAAAUUAGUACAACUCAUCUUGCAUGAAUACAAAAUCUUUAAUGCUGAAGUUCUCUUCAGGGAAGAUGCAUCUCCUGACCAAUUUAUAGAUGUGGUAGUUGGAAACCGUGUCCACAUGCCUUGUCUUUAUGUUUAUAAUAAAAUUGACCAGAUCUCCUUGGAGGAGGUGGACCGUUUGGCCAGGCAGUCUCACAGUGUAGUGAUUAGCUGUGAAAUGAAGCUGAAUUUGGAUUGUCUGCUUGAUACGCUGUGGGACUACCUUGCACUUAUCUGCAUCUACACAAAAAAGAGAGGAGAAAGACCAGAUUUUUCAGGCGCUAUAAUUAUGAGAAGAUCAGCUUCAGUUGAACAUGUGGUAAGAUGAAGCAUCUUUCUGGUAAAUCUUCUCUUUGAUUCAGGUUAUAGCAAUCUUCUGUCAUUCUACUUAAAGUCAACUAACUCAGCAUAAAUCACAAAUUGAGUUUGUGAUCGUUGUGGUCAGUGAAUGAGCCUGUCACUGUCUUUACCCACUUGGCACCUUGUCUUUAUAACCACUUUCUCAGUCUAUCCUGCCAUCUUCAACAAUUUGUGCAUAUGUUGCCCAAGAUAUUCUGUUUUAUUUUGUCUCUCCUUGCUUUCCCUACCAAAAUGUAUCACUUUACACUUUUCUGAAUUCAAUUUCAUCUGCACAUCUCCACCCAUUCCACCUGUCUGUCUCUCUGCCUUCUUG